AUGCGCUUCGGACCUGAGGGACCUGGCGCCGUUUCUGUCCCUGAAGGCACUCAAAAGGCAACAGUAGCAGCUGGUUGCUUCUGGGGAGUCGAGCACAUGUACCGCCACCACUUCCCCAAGGACGCCGUACUGGAUGCCAGAGUCGGCUACAUUGGCGGCGACACAAAGGACCCAAGCUACCGCGCUGUCUGUACUGGAAGAACUGGACACGCCGAAGCUCUCCAGAUCUACUACAACCCUGACAAAGUUUCAUACCAGAAGCUGCUCGAAUUUUUCUACAAGAUGCACGACCCUACGACCGAAGACCGUCAAGGCCCCGAUGUUGGUAGCCAGUACCGCAGUGGCAUCUUCACCCACGACGAUGAGCAAGAGAAGAUCGCGAGAGAUGUGACAAAGAAGGUACAAGAGCAGUGGUGGAAGCAAGGCAAGAUUGCGACUGAGAUCUUGCCCGCUGGCGAAUGGUGGGAUGCAGAGGCCUACCACCAGAAGUACUUGGAUGUCAACCCUGGUGGUUAUGAGUGCCCGAGUCAUUUCUUGAGAAAGUUCCCAGAUCUUGAUUAG